AUGGCUGUCGCCCUUUCGGCCAAGUGCGUCGGUUUGUUGGCUCUUGUGCUCUUCCUCUACACCUGCUAUGCCUUCCGCAUACGCGAUCACACGAUGGGGCAAACGACGGCCUUCACAUCAUCGGCGGAGCAGCCGCAUCGCGCUGCUUGCGCCUCUGCCUCCGGUAGAUGCCAGGAGAAGAGGAUCACGUUGACCAAGAGGCACGACAUCACGGCACAACAGACUCGCGCCAGCAUCGCUCGGAAACCACCUGCCGAGCUUGUGUCGUCGCUCGACCAGGGGGGAGUGGAGGGGGCGCGCGUGAAACACGAAAGGACUGGGCUCGCGGGGGGGAUGAAGGAUGCCAGGGCGUCGCGGAGCGUAGAGGAUGAGGACGAAGAGGAGGCGAUUGUGGAGGUGGAGACUGUGGAGGAGAUCGCGUCGAGUGAGGACGACGAUGAUGAAAGGGGAGGGGAGGAUGAUGGCGAGGAGGAUUACGACGAGGGGGAAGAGGAAAAGGAGAAAGAUGCGGAGGAUUCUCGGGGAAAAGUAAGCAGAGUAACGGUGAAGAGGAGAAUUGUGGGUAGCGGUGUGGAGGAUGAAGAGGAUGAAGAGGAGGAAAGCGGGAAGAUGAAUUUAAAGAAGGAAGCUAGUCCAGAGGAAGGAUCGAUAAUUAGAUCUAAGAAGCUAGGCAAGGUAGAUAAAGAUGAAGAUGAAAAGGACGAAGAUGACGAUGAUGAUGAAGAGGAAGACGAAGAGGAAGACGAGGAUGAAGACGAAGACGAAGAGGAAGAAUCAAAAGAAGUAGUUCCUACUCCUCCACCGAAAAAACUAGAAAAAGUGAGAUACGCGGACAAAGAUAAGAUUAAAUCGGUGGAAGUUACACACGAUGAAAAGUCAAAAGUUGAUAACGUGAUAAAACCAAAAACCGAUGCGAUUAAGCAACCAAAAUUAGAGAGGAAACCAGAGGAAAUUGCGAGAAGUAAGAUCGAAACGAUGAAGACGGAUGAGAAAAAGUUGGCCGAGGGAUUGUCGAAACCGGUUGAAGCCACGAAGAAGAUCGAGCCCGUUAAGAUAACGAAACCUGAAUUAGAAUCGUCCAAAUUGAAGAUGAAACCGGCGGAAAAAGCGAAAGUUCCGGUGAAACCGGAAGUGUCGAAGACGCGAGAACCGUCGAAAAAGGAAGAAACAACGAGUCCUGAAUCUGCUCAAAUUAAAGUCUCAAAAAUCAAACGAUCCGACAAAGAUGAAACGAAAGUAAAAACGAAAACGCACGUGGAUGCUGCUUUCGCUUUGGCUCGAUUGAAUGAUGCGAUAUUACGCGUGCCGACCUUCGUGCCAAAUUUCACAGCCAUUGAAAAUUUCGAGUGUCAGCAGCAUAUCAAAAUUUUCCUACGACAGUUAAGGGGCCACAAGUUAUGGGCGUUGCAAAUGCUAGACUCGAGCGCAAAAAUUCCAUCGGGUCUAUUGCGAGGAAAUACAAAUCAAUUUGGAGACUUUGACGAGUGUUUGGGUGUAAUGGCGCACGUGAAAUUAGAUGAAAAUACGAUAAAAGUCCAAGGCAAAUAUUGCUUGGCGUACAUAGAUUUGUCUCCGUCUCAUCCAGGCAUGAAGCUUCCUGUCAAUAUGAUGCAAGCACGUGCCGCUAUCAGAGCGAGCAUGCACGAUAGUGGUUAUUUUAUUCCAAGAUUCCAGACCGUGAAGUGGGCAUUGUGUCUUCCGGCAGCGUGCACCGCGGAGGACGCCCAAAGCAUCGUUGAACAGGCGUUGAACGGCUAUAAUUCUACUGUAGGAAUUCAAUUUAUAGUAGAUGUCGAUCCUAAAAUGUGCUAUGUCAAACAAAAAUCACGAAGCUAUUCAAAAGAGACGAUCUGUGUUUUAUAUUUCUACGCAAUGGUCGUGUGUCUCGCCAUUGUAGCGACCGUGAGGGAUUAUUUGGUGGUAUCGGAAGGAAAAGGAAAUUAUUCGGAGAGAAUAAUAAUGUCUUUUUCCUUACGGAGAACGCUCAGAUCUUUAUUCAAGAAGGAAUCGGGCAAAGGUGGGAUCCCAUGCAUUCAUGGGAUCAGAUCGCUCAUCACGAUUAUGCUUUACAUCUCCCAUCAAGUUAUAACAAUCUCGAUGCUACCAUUUUCUAAUCGAAUCGAGUUCACCGAGAUAACGAACAAUCCUCUAACUACCAUUCUAAGGGGUGGACUUCUUUACACGGACACGUUUUUAUUACUUAGCGGUACCUUAACGUCUUUCAACAUGGCACACGAGUUUAUAACACGAGGUGAGAUUCGCUGGUUUUGCCGUUUUAUUGCCAGAUACAUCAGACUCACCCCAAUGUUACUCGUAGUGGUGUUUUGGUACGCAUUUAUAAUGGAGCAUACCGGAUCGGGACCACAAUGGAACGACAUUAUAUUAGGAAAUGCAGAUCUUUGCAAGAGCAGCGCGUGGAUGAAUUUGUUGUACAUACAAAAUUUCUUACCCUUCGAAGAAGAGUGCGCAACUCACACCCAUCAUUUGGCUUUGGACGUGCAAUUAUCGUUAUUAGCACCCAUGUUGGUAUUCUUUUUGCAAUGCAAGCCCAUCAUUGGGAUUCUCGUAAUAUUUUUCUUCAUUUUAUUAUCAGCCACGCUCCGUUACAUAACAACGAUGAGUAACUAUCUUUCUAUCGUUGUUUUCCACGGAAUGUCAUUGAAACACAUUUAUAAGACUGUCAAUUUAGUUUACAUAGUACCUAUAUACAGAAUCACGCCAUAUCUGUUUGGUGUGACGCUUGGUGUGCUAUUACGUUACACCGGGCAAGAAGUAAGGAUACCCAAGGUGUUAGUGAUCUUGGGAUGGUUGAUCGCAAUGGCCUUGGCAUCGUGGUCGUUAGGAUCACCCUGGCAGUUGGCCAGAAGGGACUACGUUUACGAUGUUGUAGAAGCAACUAAUUACAUCGUGAUCAGCCCAGUUGUGUCAGCUUUGGCUUUAUCUUGGAUCGUGUUUGCGUGCUACACGAAUCAUGGAGGUAUAAUAAACCGAUUCCUCUCGCAUCACUGGCUAAUAAUCUUCAGUAGGAUAUCGUACGCCGUAUACUUGACGCAAUUCAUAGUAUUUUUCUACAACGUUGGAACCGCGAGAUACUCCAACGAAUUCCAUUUUUAUAGAUUCUUAGAUCCGUUGGGCGGUGCAACGAUAUCCAUAUCGAUCGUUCUCACUCUGCUCUUCGAUCUUCCGAUGCAAGAGAUCAAAAACGUGUUGAUGGAGAGCACGGACAUUCUGAGAGUGAGCGUGCCUACCGAGGAAGGAUCGGCGAAAACGGUGAAGCUCGAGAGAACGGAAGAGGCGAGGACGCGGGAAAGGAAAGCGUUCGAGGAGGACGAGGUGGCGUCGACCGGUUGGGAUUGGCAACGAGACAUAGUGGACGGCGGCAAUAGAAGGUACAACGAGAACGUGGAGGACGAGGAACAAGUGCACAUGCCGAUUUUGAAGGCGUCGAUCGGCCGAAGGAGAUCGUUCAUCAGCCGCGAGCCAACCUCGGAGGCGGAGGCCGAGAUCGUAGGAGGCAGGGCAACGAGGGACGCGAGCAAAAGGUGGUCAAGCGACAGCAGGGAGCAAGGGAAGAGGAGCAGAAGCGUUCAAAGGGAUUAUCGGGAGCAAGGAAACGACGCCUCGACUCUUUCCAGAAUGCAACAGGAGCGGGAAGAAGCUGUUAAGCGAGGCAGGCGUUCGCUCUCGAGAAGUUUCGACGCUAAGAGAUUGUCAACACGGGGCAGCGACGAGGAGGAGGAGGAAGAGGAGGAAGAGGAGGAGGAGGAAGAAGAGGAGGACCGAAGGAGGUACAGGAGAUCUCGGUCCAGAGGGAGAUCCGUGAUUACGGAAUCGGACGAUUAUCGUUCUUGGGAGUUGGUCGGCAAGGAACGUUCAUCCUCCAGGGGCCCGGACUCUAAAAGGCUCUCGAGAAAAUCGGAGGAGCGCGAGGCUGCGCUCCAAAGACAAACAAGACCGCCACUCUCGAGAUACGGGAGAGCUCGCUCGUCGGAGAACGAGGACGAGCUGGUGUCCUCGCAACAGAGGAAAAUUGAAAAAAGGCUCCAUCCGGCCGUGGAGCCGAGGAUAAGCGACGAGGAGGAUUGGGAGAGCGAGUUGAGGAUACGGAGGAAACAAUUUAUGGAGAAGCACGCGAUCCGGGAUCGUUUCGAGGACGAGGAAGAUUUAAGCUCCCCGAGAAGGAGAUCCUCGGCGGAGGGUAAGAUAGCCCUGCUGAAGGAGCCUAGCUCGGACGAUAAUAUGGACUCGUGGACGGUGAGCGUUGGAUCGCACGCCGCCGCCCACCUCGGCUCGUCCCAAGAGCGGAGCGAGGAGGCCGACGAGGAGGAGGAUGUCGCGUACACGUCCCGGCGGAGGGAGUAUCGGGAGCAAGCGCCGCCACCGAGGGAGGGGGAGGGGGGGAUGAGGGCGUCUUACGCGAGCAGCAGCGAGGUGACUUCCGUGGAGGAGGACAGCGACGUUGCGGGUUAUAACUUCGUGCUGACGAAGGACAGUAGAAAGAAGUCUUUGCAGGAUCUCUCGAAGCUGUCCCGGGAUGACUCUGAUCUGACGGAAUCCGGAUGGAACGUUGUGAGGCAAGACAGCGGGGAAGGAUUGGCCAGAUCUUCCUCCACGGGUCUGUACAAACGCGAGUCGAUCAUAAGGAGCCAGGCCAGCGAGGAAGAUCCGGAAUAUCUCGUGGUGGAGAGACCGAAGCUCGUUCAGCAAGAGCGGGAACAUCCCUUCAAGAAGGCUUGGCAGAUGCAGAAAUCUCGUUCCGAGGAGGAUGGUUCCGCCGCGUAUACGAUCAAAGAGCCGAAAGAACAACAAUCUAAAACGGAGACGGCGAAAUCGAGAGACGGAGAGGAUCCCCCGUCGAGAGAGGAGGUUAAAAAGGAAGGCGGCGGGGAGCAGUACGAGGAUACAGGCGCGUUCCCCGACGAUGACUCGGAAUUGACGCACAGCAGAAGUAGCGACACGGAGGAGUACACGACGAGGAGUUCGAGAUCGGAGGGAGCGGAAUCUUCGUCGACGGAGAGGAGCAAGAGUUUCGAGAGCAACAAAUUUGGCCUGAGAUCAUCGGACGUCGAGGAGGACUCCUCGAGGUCUAAUUGGCCAUCCGAGGACGAGCAAGUUUAUAAAACAAGUCCGAGGAGUAAAUUGGAGGAGACUGAAUGGAUCUGGGAGAGGGAAGAGACUUGAUGGAUUUGAGUGAAAUCCAUCGAAGCAAGAAAAAAGAUAAUAAACGUAACUAUAACGAGGUAAAUUAUUCGUGGGGAAGUUAUUGGUUGGACUCCUCCAGAGAAGAAUGGACGAAUUUUUCGACGAAUGGGAGAGAAAGGUUGAUGGCGGAUUUUGAAAGGAAGAAUGCGAAUCUUCGAAAAGUUGGUGAUUCGACGAUUCGAAUCGCUGUUCCUUUGUGAGAAGUAUGUAUCGAGCGAGUCGAUUUAUAAGAUACUUUUACAAUCUGUGUAUUAUCUUUACGUGUAUUAAAAAAAAGAACGAUUUGUAUCCGCUCUAUAGUUCUCUAGUUGUUGAAAUUUUAAAGGAUGUUGAAGGAUGAAUGACAAAACCAAAGUAAAAAACUAUUUUUCGUUGAACAAAAGUUCAUUAUCCAUAUCCCGUUAUACUUAAUUAUGUUGUUGAAAUUUGACGAGACGUGUUCAUUGUAAAAAUAUUGAUAAUAAAAUGAUUCUGAAGAAAUGGAAACUUCA